AAUGGUAAGAACUCCUUACGGUCCGCGCCUGUUCCCGCUGUGUGAUUUCAUGUUGAAAGUUUUUUGUUCAGGUUUAAAUGAAACUUUUUCCCCUUCCCCCCCCCCCUCCUUUCCCCCCCUCCUUUCCUCCCUAACCCGGAUAUGGGUGAACACACGUCUGGCGGAGCCGCGCUGGCCCAGCAUGGCAUGAGCGAGCGAGCGAGCGAGGGAGCCAGCGCCGACAGACAUCGCCCCCUCCGCCCCGAGCGCGCCCGCGCACUCGCAAAACGCGGACUGGACUCCGCAUGGCGCCGGCUCCCGCUCCGGGCCGCCGUCAGGAGCGCGGCGGGCUGCGGGCGGGCGGAGCGCAGCCCCGUCGCUGCCUCUGACCGGGUGCCACUCAUGUGCGUGUCCAGCGGGCCCCGCCGAGGGGGCAGCCGCAGGCCCAACUCGCGCGGGGGUUGCUUGGAGGAGAAGGGUCCCGGCGGGCCUCGGCGUGUGGGGGCGAGCAGGAGCCAGGGGUGCCGCCGGCGGCGCAGCCUCGCGGGGCCGCUGCGGCGGGACAGAGGCGACGGGACGCCCGCAAACGCGGUGCCCCCGCGUCCAGGUGUGCUGGAGCAGGCGGAACUGCCAAACUUUCGGGCACCGCAAGUUGCCCCCCAGCCCCAUAUGUCAUGGUCAGAAGGCGCCUCGUUGUGCUCCGAGGGCAGGGAAACGUUUGCCAUCUCACGGGAAAAUAAUUUGGUGUUUUCUUUCCAGUUUGGUCCCCCCCCACCCCCCCCCCCCAAGAUUUAUAACCGUCUGCAAACGAAAUAUAAAAUUUAACCUAAAAUUCUGCAGCGGUAGCAUCUUUGCAGUUGUCCAUAUUGUCCAGCUGUCUCCAAAUUCUAACGGUCAUUUGCACUAAUGAUGCCUUUAUAUAUAGGGCUGUUUUCAAUAUGUUCUGUGUACUUAUUUGCAGAUCAACAGACUGAUCAAGGAGAGUGAGGCAUUUUCGGUCCCAUAAUUGUUUCCCCAAACAAUAUAAUUUCCAGUACACACAAGACACUCAUGAAAACGUAGUAACACAAAACCCAAAAUAUGUAAUCCAUGUAACUCUUGCUCCGAAUGGAAAGCUGCUGCUGCUGACCUACAUUUUUUAACCAUCUUUCAGAAUGGUUUGAAGGGGUUUUUAGAACUAUCUUAAUACAAACGAUACCCUAGUAGAAGAAAAGGUAAUAGUAGCACACUACCUUCAACUAAUGAAAGCAUAUGGGAGAUUAAAUACUUGGCUAUGAAUAUAGCAAACUGGAAUAUUAGUGAAUGUUUUCAAUAUCGUAACGGUCUAAACCACACUGUUUUAAAUGAAUUUAUUUUUGCGCUCUGUUAAGGCUUAAGGCAAGCACGUUUGCAAAUUUCAAAAUGGAAAUUUAAAUCUGAGAUUCAGUAAUAAUGGUAGAAAAAAAAUGCAGCCUAUCACAACAGAUGCUGUCAUGAGUAGGUAGGCUUUUUUGAAUCCACUGUGAAGGCAUUUAAGAGCAGAAACUUCAUGUUAUAAUGUUGCAUUACAUGCAAAGAUUAUUGAUAAAUGUAUGAACAGUGUGAUUUCAGUGUCUAUUAAUUUUAUUUCUGUCUGAAAAGUCAGAAGUAGUCUGAUUUCCAUGAUGGAGUUACUUUUGAAAAGUCUUGGUGCUUGUCAAGUACAUCUUGCUAAUACUGCUGUUACAAUUGUAUUUCUCUUUUUUUUUUUGGUACCAUUUCCAAGUGCAAAAAUGUUAUAUGGCUAGUAGAAAAACACAGAGCGGGGGAAAAAAUGCAACUCGGCUACAAGAUUGGAACUAAGAAGCUAUAAAAUAGAGGCCCUCAGCACAAUGAAAUCAGUCUGCUAUAAAAGGCGACACAUGCCAGUUUUUCCUCCCCAAUGGCAGAUGCCACACCCUAAAGCAGACAGAAGGCACUGCAGUCUGUGCAAGGGAAGCACAACACAAAGCAAAAACCAUGGUUCAAUUUUUUUAGAUUGCAAAUAAUGUUGAGAUUCCUUUUGCCAUCUUUGCUCAGAUGAUGAGUGGUAGUGUUUGUUAAAUUCAAAUGCUCCUUUCCAAAAGCUCUCAUUGUAUGCAUGAAUUAUGAAUUUAUUAUAAUAUAAUGUAAAAAAGCUCUAAUUGCCAUGCAUAUUAGCUGCUUCAAAAUGAUUGCAUUGAUAUUUGAUAUCGCAAGUGCAUGGUUUCAACUUCAGUUCCAUUUUCAUUGUUUCUUUGAUUUAAUUAUUUUCUAUAAACCAAUGUUGUCCAA